AUGGAAAAGAAGGAUAGCGAUACCAUAAUUUGCAUUGGAAAAGAACUUGAUGAAUCAAUGCACUUAUUUGACAAAAUUAACAUUUCAUCAGACCAGCCCUGUCUGGAGUGGCCCGAAUGUUGUAUCUCCAGGGUUCCCAAGAAACUACGCAAGAUAAGUGAAGAAGCCUACACCCCGAAGUUGAUCUCAAUAGGCCCCUUUCAUCAUGGUGGAAAUGAAUUCAAGGAUAUGGAAAAGCAAAAAGUGAGAUGUUUUACGGAUUUCUUGAAACGAACAGGGAAGAGCAUGAAGGAUCUUCUGGAGAUCAUUAAAGUCGAUGAAGAAAAAAUCAGCCAUUGCUAUUCAGAAGAAAAAAUAAGUCAUUGUUAUUCAGAAGACUGUAUACUCGGAAGUGAUGAUCAUUUUGUGAAAAUGAUUCUAUUGGAUACCAUCUUUAUAAUUGAGCUCUUCUUAAAGUGUCAUUAUCCACUUCAACCUUACAUCUGCAAUUAUGCUGACCUAUUGGACAAUCUAAUCGACAGUGAAAAAGAUGUGGAUUUGCUCGUUGAGAAAAAGAUCAUUGUUAACAAUGUAGGUAGCAACCAAAGAGUGGCGGAACUAGUUAACAGACUUUGCCUUGAGAUUGUGGUACAUGAUGAUCAAUCUUGUUACUCCGAUAUAGGACAAGAACUUAAUACAUACAGUGAGAACCAUUGGAACCGCAUCAUGGCAGGCAUGAAAAGCAAGUUUUUCUGUGAUUUUUGGAGAGGCGCUGCAACAACAUUUGCAAUUUUUUUCACGCUUGACCAGUUAUGGGGUUUGGUUCGGCCUUUUGUGAUAAACAAAUAA